AUAGUGUAUGUCCCUGAAGUUUAUAUUGUUUGCCAACAUUCCGGAUCUUACUGUACUUGAGAAAAUUUGCGCUCAAUGAUUGGCGAUUUGCGUACACUUCAGUUUCAGUGACAUUAUCAUGCUGUUCAACAGAUACUUCGAGUUUCUUAACAAACGGUAGCUGAUAAUAAAUUCAUGUCAGCGCGGGUGAUUGAUGGAGUAUCUUUUAAGCUCCAUCGAUAAGCAGUAACAAGUUGCAGGAAUUAGUGCCAUCCAUUUGCAGCUUUAGUCCAACAACUAUGCUGUUACGAUUCGCAUUGACACUUCUCUUGAUCGGGGGCAUCGCUGCUGUUCCGGUCAAGGAGACCAACAGUUGUGAGCUCUCCGAGGAUCUUUUGUACGAAAUCCGUAGCUACGGACCGAUUGUGCACAAAAUAAUAAACGAAAUAGUGCGCGGCCAAUUCGCUGGCCAGACAUGGCAAAGCUUAGCCGAGUUGACGGAUACGUUUGGGCCGCGUAUGAGUGGAUCGCAACAACUGGAGGACUCUAUUGAUUACGCCAUUCGCGAGAUGAUCCGUGAUGGCCUGGAAAACGUUCGUACCGAGGAAGCCAGCGUACCGCACUGGGUACGAGGUUACGAAAAAGCCUAUCUAGUGGAACCGAACCGUUUGGAGCUGCCACUUUUAGGCCUGGGUUUGUCAGUUGGAACUCCGUUGGGCGGAAUAACUGCAGAUGUGAUUGUAGUGGAGUCAUUUGAGGAAUUGGAAGCAAUGCCUGAUGAAAGCGUCGAGGGAAAGAUUGUGGUAUUCGUUCCACAGUGGGUGAGUUACGGCGUCACUGGACAGUAUCGAUACCGAGGUGCAACCGUUGCAGCCAAAAAAGGAGCAUUGGCCAGUCUAAUAAGGUCCGUUACUCAAUUUUCCAUUGGAUCGCCGCAUACUGGUGUCCAAACUUAUGAAGAAAAUGUUACAAAAAUUCCCACUGCUUGUAUUACGGUUGAACACGCGGAAAUGUUGUUACGCAAGUAUCGUCGAGGAGAGAAAUUGCGUAUUUAUUUGGAGAUGGACAACGAAGAUCGAGGAAUGUUCACUUCUCGGAAUACGAUUGGCGAGUUGGAGGGCUUGGUGUAUCGCAACAGUUCAGUGGUGGUCGUGUCAGGUCACUUGGACAGCUGGGAUGUUGGACUAGGGGCGAUGGACGACGCUGCUGGUGUGAUGAUAUCUUGGAAAGCUUUGACCUACUUGAAAGCGAUGGGGCUCAGGCCACGUCGUACACUAAGAGCGCUUCUUUUCACUGGUGAGGAGCAAGGCGUUUGGGGUGCUCACCAGUAUUACGAAGAACACAAAGAAAACGGAGAAGACGAAUUCAACUUUUUCUUCGAGUCAGAUAUCGGUACAUUUGAUCCACGCGGAUUCAAUAUGGCAGGCAAUGACGAAGCGAGGUGUAUUUUCCAAGAAAUUGUGAAAUUGAUGAAUCCACUUGGCGACAUGCAAGUGACAGAAUCCUCUAAUGGUGGACCAGACAUAGCGGACUGGAACAACGCUGGAUAUCCUGGAGCUGGUUUGCUUACUGCAAAUGAGAGAUAUUUUUGGUUCCACCAUACGGCCGGCGAUAGCAUGCUAGUACAAGAUCCAGUAGAAAUGGAUAGAUGCGCUGCACUCUGGGCGGCUACCGCAUAUGUUGUUGCUGAUUUGAGCAUUCCCAUGCCUAAGACGGUAGUGAAGAAUUAAUAAGGUCAAUAUAAAAUUCAACAGUAAUUUAUUUUUGUCUAAAAUCACUUGUAAGGUAUACACAGAGAACAAAUCAAAUCGUAAAAUUGAAAGAAACAAAAAAGGGCAAAAAGGGGGGCUCAGUCGGCCUUCCUUAGUCAUGCAUUAUGAUAAGAUGCAAUAAA